CUUCAUUGGAUGAAAUCCCGUAUCUUUACUUGUCGUAGAAAUUGUUGCCAUGGGACGUUCGCAGGUGAAGUACCGCGCGACGCACGGGCGUGGGCGAGGUCGAGGAAGAGGCGACGCUGCUGGAGGACGUGGCGGUGCAUCCGGAAGAGAUCGGUCUAGUCACCUGAGGAAUCUUGGUUCCAACGCCUACCGUUUCGAGGAGCGCGAGGAGGAACACGACGGUGAAGUGGUAGUCCAAGAGAACUAUGGCGGGCGUACGCAAUUCUUCGCGUCAGAAAAGAACUACAGAGCGCACAUGGGUGCGGUGCCUGGCGAGCAUUUCCAGAGCCGUACUAUGAAGCAGUGGGAGGAGCAGGACGAGGCUCGGGACGACCAGGGAGCCGUCGGAGUGCUGGACUUGAACUGGAUUGCCUCGCAACUGGAGCUUGUGUCGCCCGAUAUACGCUACCGGUUGGACCCAAAAUACUGCAUUGACUUGCCAUUCGAGCCACAGAAUGAAGAUGCCGAGGGGUCCGAGGACGAGAUUGCCGAGAUGAAAACAAAUGCUGCGGUUACUGUUGCUGCUGCACCGACACCAGCUCCGUCGAAACCUGCACAAGGCGACGCGGAGCUGGACUUCUUGCUCAACCUCAGCGCGUCGACUUCAAGUGGAGCGAAAGCGACACCUACCCCAUCGACGCCAGUAGAUCCAGCACCAAACACAACCAGAACUCCAGCAGAAACGGAACAACUGGAAGAGUGGCUAGAUGACGUCUUGGACAUGUAGAAAUCUUAAAACCGUGCUACCAUCUAGAAUCAUGCUGUAUCUACAGAUCCUUAAGUUGCUGCGCUGUUUCCGCUCUGGCAAAAUAGAUGACGUCCACACCCUUACAUCUGCCGAAACGCUUCGCACCUUCCAGUCUGAAUAUUGAAAGGCAUCAGCAUCUUUGAGUACUGACGCCGUUCACUACCAUUGAUACACAUGUACCGUUCAUACCUGAUUCUUAGACUGUCCUCCUCCUC